CCCCCCCCCUGCCCUGCCCUGCCCUACUGCCCACCUCCACCCACUGUCGGAGAUGCCGCCCCGCACCAAGCCCCCGCCCCCUGCGUCGGAGGACCAUCUCUACUUCCUGGACCCCCUGACGCCGCACGUCACCUUCCUGGCGGCCAGCACGCGCGGCUUCGCUGCCCCGGCCGCCGGGGGGACGGCCCUCCAGGACAGCCUCGCUGGCCCGGCAGCCGGCGACCUUGCAGCCCUUGGGCCCUGCCUUGUCGGGAUCGAUGAGGCCGGUCGUGGCCCUGUCCUCGGCCCGAUGGUUUACGCGGCCUACCUGAUGCCACUCUUUUCGCCCACCUCUCCCGAGACCCUGUCCCAGUCCUGGCCGGCUCCAGGCUCUGACCGGGAGCUCGAGGCCCUUGUCGCCGCUGACAAGACCCUCCGGGACUUUGGCUUCCGCGACUCGAAGGUCGUCACAGCCCCCAUGCGCCUGGCCCUUUUCUCCUCCAUCAUCCACGCCACCGAGGGCCCAGGCAUCCGCCGACACGUCUGCCAUGGGGUUGUCGGCGGUGCCGCGGAUGCCCCGACCCCCUGCCCCGCCUGUCGGGACGAUCGCCCCAGCGGGGGCCCGCCGGAGCUGGCUGGCUCCGCCUGGGCGGCCAUCUCUCUCUCCCCGGGUGAGAUUAGUCACUAUAUGCUCGGACGCGAGCAAUCCAUCGACACCUUGGCCCAUGCAACAGUAGCCCGACUGGUGUUGCACUUUGCCCUUGAGCGCGGAGCCGACAUCCGUCGGGUGGUGUGCGAUUCGCUGGGUGCCGAUGGCGGCGUCAAGUACGCACACGGGGUGUUGGCCCGGCUGGCGGACACCGGGCGCACUGGCCCCGCAAGUGCCCUUGACACCGGGUCCCUGUGGGCGCGGUGGCUGGGCGCCGGAGCCGGGCCUGGAUUCGACCCUGGGUCUGGGCAGCCCCGGCGCAGGUCCCCAGUGCACAUCGGCCGGCUGACGGUGGCCGAGCAUGCGGAUGCCCACUUCGGUGUGGCCGGCGCCGCGUCCAUCAUAGCCAAGCAGAUCCGCGAUCAUGCCUUGGCCCAUUGGCCCUAUCACGACCUGCGCCCGGCCGAGCAGCCCCCCGGCCAAUCCGAUGGCCACCCAGCCACAAGUCCCUUCUAUGGCGCUCUCCGGCGCCUGGCCAAUGCCGGGCUGCUCGGUCGGCCCCGGCCCGACGGCACUCCCGUGCCGGACUUUUUGGCCUUCUCGUCGGCCGCCUGCCGGGUGGUUCCCCUGCAUGCGGAGGACUGGCGCACGGACUUGGCCCCCCUCUUUGUGGCUGGCAUUGCUGCGCUUUCCUCCACAUGGGCUCCCUUCCUCCAUCCGGCCGAUGGCUCGGUGACUGGCAUGGCGCCGACAUUCAAUGGCUCGGGAUCUAUCGAAGCCGCCCCGUCGGGAGACGCGGAAAUAGGCGCGGCCAACGCGGCGACCGCCGCCGACACCGUGGCCACGCCGGUGACUGACCCUCCCCCCGGGGUGCGAGUCCACCCGCUGAGGCGCUUUGGUUCUGGCUACCCCACCGAUGCCAUCACCCGGCACUACCUCCAGGCCCUGGAGGGUGCUGGCCACGGGGCAGCCUACUCGCUGGCCUGUGUGCGCCGCGCCUCGCCAGCUCAAAUCCUCCAACCACCAGCCAAUGCCAAGAAUGUCGCCCCCCUUGCCGGGGACCCGUCCCUGGAGCCGGUGCUGGUGUCGGACCCGCUUUUGGUCCUGCCCGGGCCUGGGCGAUUCUCCUGGUCCACCGCCGAGAAGACCGUGUCCACCAUGACACGGAGCAUGGGGCCAGCCGCGUCCGAGGUCAGUUGGACGGAGUCCCGUGUGGCUGCCCAUUGCCAGGCCCGCGCCGGGUUCCUCUUCGAUUUGUCGACAGUGGCCACCGCCGCCGCGACUAAUGCACCCGGAGGCCGUCCCUUUCCGAUGCCUAAGCCGGUCAUUGCGGCCCGCAAGGCCAAGUCCGCCGCGGCUCUUGGGGCCCGGUCGCUGACCGCCUUUUACCAGACCCCCCGGCCGGCCGGAGAGGGCCUGUCCGUCGGUGCCACUGUUGGCGUGCAGAUUACCCGCGCAUCGCAGGAGCCGGCGGCCACGCGUGGCUGGGCUGCCUUCCUCGGGAGAUGAGGCCCCCCCCCGGCCUUCAUCUUGUCAUAUGCGCGCGCGCGCACACGCACACAC